CUAACUGAAUCAAAGGCCUUAGAGAAGUCCAGCAAGCAUAGUAGUGUUAAGUGGUUCUUGUCGAACAGUAUUCUAAUGUCAUCAAGUAUCUUUACCAUUGCAGUAGAGCAGCUGUGAUGGGGUCUGAAUCCGGAUUGAAAUGGGGAUAUAAGGUUGAAUUUACCGAUGUGGGAAGAGAUUUGUUCAGAUAACAAAGAUUCGAAAACUUUAGACAAGGCUGGUAGUAUGCUGAUGGGUCGGAAAUCACUAGGGCUGGAUGCGGAUUUAUUUUUGGCUACAGGAAGCACAGUAGCAAUCUUCCAGGCAUCGGGAAAACAGGACGUGGUGAGACUAUGGUUUAUUAUGUGUGUCAAGGUUGGCAAAAUAAUCGGUAAGAUUACCUUCACAAAUCUAAUCGGAAUGCCGUCCUCCCCGAUUGCGUUGGACCUGAUCUUAAAAACAGAUUUCACCACAUCAAUCUCGCUCACAGCAAUGAACUCAAACUUUUCGCCAGCAAAAGAGACCGGACAGGAGGCUACAGAGUUGGUCGUAAGGGGACAAGAUGAAGGCGGAGAAGCAAAGGCAACGCUAAGCGUUUCAGGACUCAACGAGCAUUCUGAUUUCUCACUGGCAUGGACGCGGAGUGUUCUCAGAUUUCGCCACAAUACAUUAUUAGGCAGUGAGGGAUCCAGCUUAUUCAUAAAGAAUUUUUUCUUUUCACGUCUUAUAACCGAGGACCACACCAUUAAACCAACGGCAGGAAGAAGACCUGUCACAGGUUCGGGUAGGGACAUGAGUGAGGAGCGAAUUUAAUAUAUUUUCGUUUAGGAAACGGAGCUUCUCAUUGACCGUGCUGAGACCCCAGCAAACAGACCAAUCGAUCUGCAAGAGGCUACUGAAAAGGUUGUUGACAUCUAAGGAACGGUAGUCAAAGAAGUUAAAUACAUAGGUAUUGUCGUCAUAGUGAUCAAGUUUAACGUCAAAAGAACAAAAUAUCAAGUCAUGAUCAGAUAUAAAAGAUGUUUGGUCAAAUUUCAAAACAAUAGAAGGAUCAGAUACAGCAAAGUAAUCUAAUAAGCUGGGACAGCAAUUGCUACCAUAUCUUGUGGGCACCGACAAAUUAACCAUAGACAACCCAACACAGGAGAUAUCAUCUAUUAAACGAGCACUGGUAGAAUCAGGACAUAACAAGUUCACAUUAAAAUCACCACAAAGAAUUAUAUGGUCAUAAUCUACAGAAACAGUGGACAGAAAAUUAAAAAAGUCACAUAGGCUGAAAUACUUAUAGGGAUUAUACACACAAGACAAUAGGAUUUUGGACGAGGGGCUAGACAUUUCGACAGACAGGUACUCCACGCAGCUUCUUUCUGAAUGUGACUGCGAAACCUGUUUGGUUUUUAGGUGCUUUUUGCAGUAAAUAGCAACUCCACCACCUUUUCUAUCUACCCUAUCAGAACGAAACAACUUAUAACCAUUAAUAUCAUAAUGGACACUGCUUACAUUGUACCUGAACCACGUCUCAGAUACACAUAUAACAUCGACUGGAGACAAUUCAAAAGUGUUCCUUACUAUAUCCAUUUUCUCAGAAUUAAGACUGCGCGCAUUAAAAUGAACAAUGUUCAAACCCGUUUGUUGACCGCACAUGAUGUUCACCAUUGCACGACUACAAUUGUCAAUGUUAGCCGUUUUGCUGCUGGGUACAACCAUGAUAUUUUACGCGUAUAAACAAAAGCAACUUUAAAGCAUAAGGGAUAACAAUAUUAAGAACAAACAAACAUAAACUGAGAUGUGCCAACUUUACAACAAUGAAUACAUAACAGAGGGAACAUAAAAACAAAAUCUUAUACCUAACGAAAGCGCGCUAAAUCAUCUUCGCAGGUUAAUUUGAUAGCGGGGCUAUUUUUGUCUUUUUCAUUUCUUACGUGCACCUCGCCUCGCAUUGUGUAUACCGAUACCAGCUUACCCUCUCUGCGUAGCUUGAUAGCCUCUUGUAGUAAGCGCCUUUUCUCUUGAGUGAGACUCUCAAAUAUGUGGAAAAUUCCAUCCAUUCCAAUGGAGCUUAAUGACACUGCAGAUCUAACUCGCCUGCGAUACUCCCCAAAAGCGCGAAGGGUGCGAUUGCGAUCAUGCGGGGAGUGAAAUUUAACGACAAUCACGCCGUUGCGGUUGGCAGUGGGGCGCGUUCGGAAGAUGUCGCGAAUUUGUGGAGACAUGAAAUCGAUAGAGAGACAAAUCUGGUUAAAUAUGCUCUUUAGGUUCUCCCCAUCCGCAUAAGGCACACCAAACACAACAGCAUCAGCAGAAAUAUCAGGAGUAGGUUUUUGUUGUAGUGCACUAGAAACUUGCUGUUGUAGGUAGGCAAUAUCGCUUUCAGCCUUCUUCAUAUUAGCUUCCAUCAAAGUUAAGCGCGUAGUCGUCUCGGCCACUUUCUCAGUAAACACAGCUAUCUCAUCAUCUAUUCGCUUUGUUAAUUUGUUCUCCAGCUCUGACAAUUUCUGAGAGACAUUCUCAACUAGCGGCAGCAGAUUGUCCGUUUGUUGCUGUAUUUUCACUUCGAGUUGCUUUAGUUUUGCAAAGACAGCAAUAAGGGUGAUGUCUUCAUCCAGCUUUACCACUUUAGCAGCAGGGGACUCCUGUCCCCGCAGGGGACGUUUGUUCGCUGCAGAAGAGGUCGAUGCACGAACAGACAUAGCGAAAACAAAAA